CCUGGUCCUUGCUUGCCAAUUGCCAUACAAGUUUUGCGAAAAGUACCUACACAUCCCUCGUUCUCGUUAUGUGUCAUCCAAAUAUCCAAUUCCUCCUCUUUAAAAUCAAAACGACCGCUGUCUUUCUCUCGAUCUCGGUAUAUGUUUGGAUUUCGUGAUGGCCGUGGAAGGAAGGACGUUGUCGGAGAUCUACCAGAGUUCGAAGAGAUUGUUACUAAAGACGAGAGGCGGAUUGGAGAGGCUCGAACGAUUCGAAUUUUCAUCCUCUAAUGGCGUCGACUCACCUGAACUCUCCUACGCUAUCAAGAGGGACAUCUCUCAGAUCCAAUCUCUCUGCGUCGAGAUGGAUCGUCUUUGGAGAUCCGUCGCCUCCAAACCCCAACGUGAUCUCUGGAAGAGAAAAGUAGAACAGGUGGCUGAAGAGGCUGACUCCUUGAAGGAAAGCCUAGAUAAGCACUUAUUACGCCAUCAGAAAAGGAUGAUGGAAGCUAAAGAAAGGGCUGAACUACUUGAGAGAGCUAAUGGGGACUCUGCUCAUGUUUUGAGAAUUUUUGAUGAUGAAGCACAAGCAAUGCAAUCAGCCCGUAAUUCAUCCAGGAUGCUUGAAGAAUCUUAUUCUACAGGGGUAGCUAUCCUUUCAAAAUAUGCAGAGCAAAGGGACCGUCUCAAGAGGGCACAAAGGAAAGCACUUGACAUACUAAACACAGUAGGGCUCUCCAACUCUGUACUAAAGCUGAUUGAGAGGAGACACCGCACAGACAAGCGGAUUGCAUAUGCCGGAAUGGUGGUGACAAUCAUCGUUGUGUAUGCCUUUUGGAGGUGGACACAUUGAUCCCCUAAUACGUAAACCGGUUUUUUGUUACAAAGUUAAGAUUGUUUCUCUUGAACGCUGUUCUGCAAGAUAUUAACAAAUAAAAAUAGAGAUGCAUUAAGCUUUAGUUGGGUUA